UGUUCCAGCUGGCAUAAUUAGCACCGAGUCUCCGCCCUAUUCCUCCUGCACAUUGGUCUCUGGGGAGCCAAAGACCCCAGAGUGACCUAGGUGUCACAGAGAUGUGGCAGGAGCGCCACACCCUCUGGGAAUAGAGCGGAGCUCACCACAGGCGAGGGAGGUAGUAUGGAGAAACCAGAGGGAAGCUCUGUGUCACAAGGUGAUGAGGAUGGGUCUCAAGUCAACAAACCUGCCCAACUUCCUGAACUCAGCAGCCGUGCAGCAAAAUUCAGCAGACUUAACGAACAUCGCCACACAUCUCAUGACAGUGCAAGUCAAGACAGUCUCAGCCGACCUUCUACCCACUCUACAGCGCCUUCUUGUUCUGACCAUGACCUUGACCUGAAGUCCACACUUCCCUUGUCACCUUCCUCUCAAUGUGCUGAUGUUCCACUACCUGAAAUUAAAUCAGCAACUGAAACUCACCAGUUUAUUACAUCUCCUGAAAACAAGAGGGCCCCAGACUUGGAAUGGACUUUAUAUCCAAGGUUUGGUCUUCACACAUAUCAUAUUGGGAAGCGAUGCAUAUUCAAUGGUCUCUUCCUCCGAAACAAAACCUCUGCAUCAGAAAGGAUGUUAGAAAUGCGUUUGGGAAGAAAAAAACAUGAAAUCGAUCACAGAAAUGGCAUUGCAAUGGUAACCCCCUGUGACAACUGCUACAGCUGUCCAGAACACAGCAGAAACUUUCACAAAUUUGGAUCAACAAGACCUGUGGUGAACUUUGGGUGUGCAACAUACAAAAGGAAAGCAGAUACAUUUAUCCCUCUCCAGCGCUUGUCACAGACUCCUUGCAUACCUUUCCACGUGAAGGAGAAACAGCAAGAACUGGAGAUAGAAAGGAACGAUGUGAAAAAUCUAGACAGAUGGAAGCCAGCUCCAACACUGCUUCAGGCCUUGGGUGUUACUGUACUGGCACACAGAGUCAGACAGCGUGAAUUGUAGUGGAAAGUUCUUCCUAAAGAACCAUUCUGUAAGCCACUCAUAUCCCUGGUGACAUACCAUACAUGUGUGAACAGUGCUGGAUGUAACUUCUUACUUGGAUGGUCCUUUUAAUGUGUUGUAGCAACCACUGUAGAUAUCCUGUUUUCAGUGUUGACUUUGUAUUGGCUCCUGUUCAUGAUCACACCUGAACAGAAGCCCAAAACUACUGUCCCUCUGUCAGUCAUUCGAAGUUUAGCCAGGACCAGGCACAAAAAUGUGUUGUUAAUACCAAAGGACAGAAUAGUUUUUUGUCCCAUGUCAUAUUACUUUCUUCACACUGUUUCCAUGGAAUAAAGCUCGUUCAGGGAGUGAUGACUUCUAUUUGUUUAACCCAACAUCUAGAAUUCACAAUUUUUGUCUAGGAUUGAAGAGGUAUGAGCACUAUUUUUACUUUGCAGAUCUGUAGAGCCUUCCAUCCAAACAUCUAAGAGAGCUUUAGCAUAGUCAGAAAUAAAACUUAGAACACUUGUUUCCUGGUCUUGUACCUUCAGUGAUAGGCCAUGCUCCUUCCACCUUGCUCUCUUGAGGUUCAAUUGAACAAAGCCUAUCUCACACCUAACUUGUGAAUCAUACCCACCUGUCCCAAAGAGCUUGCUGUCUAAAUAAAGCAAGACACAGCAAGCCAGAGUAAUGAGCAACUGGAAGAGAAGGAAGAGGAUAGACUAGAGGAACCGCGAUAAGAACAUGUGAUAACUUUUACCAAGUGUGCAACAACUAACAAGUUUCAACUCAGCAUUCCUUUUAAAAAAUAAAUGAUCCAGAGAAAGUAA